GCAUUCCUUCACCUUUGACCCUUAGAAUCCAUUGUAACUCCUGUUAACAUCCUGAACCCCUUAAUUAAAGGUGAAUUAUCUGCAGUGUAGGAUUUCUGUAAUUGCUUCAGCACGGCAUUUUUUUCUUUGCAGAGGUGGAAUUUCUUUGAGUAAGCUGCUUAUUGAUGUCCGAUCUCCCUGCUAUGUUUACUUCCUGUUCCCUCCCAUGUGGCUCUCUGUGGCUGGCGCAACCCCUGAAUGAGGCAGCAGAUACCCUGGCAGUGCGACAGAAGCGGCGGAUAUAUGACAUCACCAACGUCUUGGAGGGCAUCGGGCUCAUCGAGAAGAAAUCGAAAAACAGCAUUCAGUGGAAAGGAGUGGGUCCUGGAUGCAACACCCGAGAGAUUGCAGAUAAGCUGAUAGACCUAAAGGCAGAGAUCGAGGACUUGGACAGACGAGAGCAGGAGCUCGACCAGCAGCGAGUCUGGGUCCAACAGAGCAUUCAGAACGUGACGGACGACAUCGAGAACAGCAGACUAGCAUAUGUGACACAUGAGGAUAUGUGCCGAUGUUUUAAAGGUGAUACGUUGUUAGCCAUCCAGGCACCCUCGGGCACCCAACUAGAGGUCCCCAUACCAGAAGGCGGUUUGAAUGGACAAAAGAAAUACCAGAUCCACCUGAAGAGCACGACCGGUCCCAUCAACGUUUUGUUGGUGAACAAGGACACUUCAUCGUCCUCCCCAGUGGUGGUACCCGUGCCCCCACCUGAAGACAUGAUCCAGUGUACGCCCACCACCCCACAGAGGCCAGCUCUGGCCAGUAACCAGGAGGCUGAGCCGACGUUACCAGCCCGGUCUGCCUCUCCGUCCACUGUCCCAGAGGUAACCCAGCCUCAGCCCACAGCAACAACACCCACAGUGCCAAGUGCAUCAGCGCAAGAGUCCCCCAGCAACACCAGCAAUGUCUUAAGCCUGGAGCCUCUCAACUUGCUGCCAACACCCACCAGUCAGUCCGUAACCAUGGAAACACAGCCGCUGGAAUCCUCAGCCUCGCUGGACAGCAGCACGUCUUUAUCCAACCCCACUACCUCCUUUGUACCGAUCAAAACUGAACCUUCUGUGGACUUGGAAUUUCCGAAAGAGUUGACAGAGAUGUUUGACCCCAUUAAAGAAUGUAUGGAUUCCGACCUCAUAGAUGAGCUGAUGUCUUCAGAAGUGUUUGCUCCUCUGCUGAGGCUGUCUCCGCCACCAGGAGACCACGACUAUUACUUCAACCUCGACGACAGCGAAGGCGUCUGUGAUCUAUUUGAUGUGCCAAUACUUAACCUUUGACCUAUCAACAAACUUUGCAGUCGGUCAGCUGUGUAUUGAACUUUUAAAAAAACAUUUUUUUUUAACAAAAAAAAACUUUUUUUUAAAAAACAGACGUCUUUUGCAAAUUCUAAGUCAGUCUCCCUGGAGUGAGAUGAACUUUUGACGUAACUGCAUCUGAAUAUGGUGAAGAAAUAAUGGGAGAGGCAAAGGUUGUCAACAGAUGGAUGGUUUCCAAAUUGCUAUUGGUUUUCUUUCCUUUUUUUUAAAAUUGUCUCCACGUCCUCAGAUAUUUUGAUUGUUCCUUUAGUGGCCAAGCAGACGUCUGGCUCUAACUCUAUCAUUGAUCUCGUUGUGUGGUACCCCUGGAGGUGGUGCCUGGGAAUCACAUUGGUCUUCCAGAUACCUGGAUUGGAGUCAGCUGCUCUGGAUUGACACUUCAUGUGAAAAGCCAUCUUCUCAUGCUUUUUGGUGCCAAGCCUGCCUUCUGUUUAUCGUCGAGACAUUUUUCCCUUCCCCCAUCUGCUUUCAAUGGAUCGUGCCACUGGCCUCUUCAGUACUAGCCCUAUCUCCUUCCACUAACUGUUCAACGUACGACCUCACCAGAUCGAAUAGUCUCUUCCGUGGCAGGUGGGCAUUAUAAACCUUGGUCAGUUUAGAAGUUGAGAUGAGGAUGUUUUGUUUUUGUGCUUAAUUUUAUUUUUAAUCCAACACUUGUUCUCGAUCAGGUUACUUUAAAAGCUGAUUUCCUCCUCAAUAUCCACCUUUGUAAUCUUCCACAACUGCGGGUGUGUUGCCUCUUUUUAAUGUCGGUUUGGACACUGUUUCCAGUCUGAUUCCCACUGUUCUACUCAUCCAAUGUAUGCAAUCCUGCUCAUCCAGGCUAAAUGGAUUAUAAGAUUGGUGCAAAUGGACAAGAACGCUGUCAAACCUCACCCAGUGGAUGGCCCGAAUGGCUUUCUUCUGUGCUGGGAUCAUUUGGUGACUUCUUUGUCGCUUUUUAAGAAUUUCCCUUCCAUUGAAAGGGAUUGGAAAGCCUAUUUGGGUAGUUCCAAAGUUGGUGAUUCCAAAGGGUGGUUCUUGAAAUGUCAUCGCCACUGAAGAGUUGACGUGCAAAUUGCUUUUCUCAUGGUGUAUUGCAAAGAACGGUCACUCUCGAGUGACCUUGUCAGCUUGGAUGUGAACCUGUGGCACUAUUUUAAGUAUUUUUAACUCCCCCCAUUCCCCGACCUGUUUCUCCCAUUUUCUUGACUCCUUGAGGAGCUCCCCUCAUGGACCACUGUCAGGCUGCUGAUGUUGCCCAUGAGAAGCACAAUCAGUUGUACAGUCAAAAGUCACACUGCCACCAGUUGUCAUGACAAUCUGCUUUCCCUAGUUGAUGUCUUCCAAUUUGUUCAUGGGUGAAGAUGGUGCUGAGGCUGUUUCCUGGUGAUUGUCACUGUGGUGACCUUGGCAUUGUUUAUAGAGCAAGUAAAGUCAGAAUGGCUCACCUUAAGCGAAACAUACUUGUGCUUGACAUUGCACAUACACAUCGUGCUAAAAUUCAAACUCCAUUCCUUUGUUAAACAUAAUAUGGAUCUUAAAUGGCUCAGCCACUUGGCCUGACUCGAGGUGGAUUCCGUUAACUCCUGGGGGGAUUUGAAGACAAGUUGGGGGUGGGAUAGUGAUUGAGAGUUUUACUGGGGCUUGCCUCACGCUGGGGCUCAGGGAAGUCUGGAUGCUUAGAACCCCUGGGUGUCACUGUUUUACAAUGCGUCUCACUACAAAGGUAGCACACUAACAAGAGAGGGCCUAGCAUCCUCAUUGCUUCAUAUCUAGAGGAGAAGAGUGAGCUGAUGGAAUUGGGGAACUCAUUGAGUUGUUUCACUUCCUGUUGGUAUCUAGCCUGACAGCACUGUUGUCAUGUUCAGUCUACGUGGUGCCCCGGUUCUAGAUGAUUUUCUAUCUCUGCAUGCCUUUCCCUCCUCUAUGCCCGAGAUGAGAGUUCAGUGAAACGUUGAUCACGCUGCAAAACAAUGUUUUUUUUUCUGUCCGUCCAUGAGAUGUGAAUGUCAGUGGCUGGGCCAGCAUUUCUUGCCUAUCCCUAGUUGCUCUGUUUGAAGGGGGGAAUGGUGAGCAGCUGUCUUGCACCGCUGCAUCUGGUGUAGAGACAACCACAAUGCUGUUGGGAAAGGUGGGCCAGGAGUUUGACCCAGUGACAUUGAAGGAAUGACGAUACGUUUCCAAGUCAGGAUGAUUUAUGGCUUGAUGGGAACUGAGAGUUGUGGUGUUCCCAUGUAUUAUCUGCUGCUCUCCUAAGUAGUAGAGGUUGUGAGUUUGAACUGUGUUGUGUAAGGAGCCUUGUUACAGUGCAUCUUGACUGUGCACGCUGCUGCUAGGUGGGUCAGUCGUGGAAGGAGUGAAUGUUUCAAUUGAAUGCUUUGCUUAUGUUGCACUAAGAAGUUAAAGUGUUGCCUUAAAGGGAAACAAACAGUCAGAAACUGGAGGUAAUUGUGGGUGGAAUCCAGUUUGUGUCGGAGAUGCGUGCAGUGGUAUAUCUGACAGGGAGGAACUGAGAGUAGUUCAUGGGCUCGCUCACUCUACGACCAGCCGAACUAGAGCUGACGUUUCAGGCCAGGGAGCCACUGUUUAAGGUGAAGGAGAAUGUCCUUUAUUUCAUAACUUGUAGCUGUGAGAUCAGGUGAUUCUGGUUUGAAUGUUCCCACACAUCAGACUAGCCUUAUAUAGUACAGAACUAUCUUCCUGUGCUGUGCUGGGUCCAUUGUUUGAACUCCACCCCUACACAUGACCACACUCUCUUCCUGUCAAGUUUUACCGAAUUGCCCCUUGUAUUUCCUGACACAGACCACAGUGAGCACUAAUAGUCUUCCAGGAGAGCUGUCUUUAUUCGCUGACCUACUGCUGACCUUUGGUGAGUUCCUGGGCAAUGUCUCGUGGCUCACUCAGGGACUAGUCACGUCUCUUAGCGUGCAGUGUUCACAACUGAGAUUUGUUGUGGUUUCACAGGGGCCAACUUCUUAUGCUCUCAGUUCAGUUACCCUCAUUAUUUAUAGAACCAUGCAGUACUGAAGAGGCUCUCUGGCCAAUUGAGACUGUACCGCUAAAAGUACAUGAGUACCUACACUAGUCCCACUGGCCUGCAUUAGGCCCAUAGCCUUGAGUGUUAUGACAUUUCAAGUGCUCAUCCAAGUACUCAUCUGCUUUACUCUCUCAGGCAACGCAUUCCAGACCCCCACCACCUUCUGGGUGAAAAACCUUUUCCUCAAAUCCUGUCAGACUUCCUGCCUUUCACUUUAAGGUUAUGCCCCCUAGCUAUUGACCUUUGAGUAAGGUGAACAGCUGUUCCUGCCUCCACCUUCUCUGCUCCAAAGAAAGCAACCUGAGCUUAUUCAGCCUCUCUCCUUUGCUGAAGUGCUCCAUUCCAGGCAGCAUCGUGGUGAAUCUCCUCUGGACCUGCUCCGUUCAUAGCGAUCGCCUUGUUUACCCAGAUGUGGCAUUAAAGAGAUUCAUUGAGAUGUUUGACUGAGAGAGUUGGUGUCUCUGAAGGAUGGCCCAAUCUGGACCGAUCACUCCAGAUUGCUUGUGUUCUCUCUCUCGUUUGCGCACAUCUUUCUUGUCUCUCCCUGUUCUCUCUCAUUUGUAUGUAUCAGUGUCUUUUUCUCUCUCCUUCACUUGUCCUGUUACUAGCCAUCAAGGUAUAGCUUCUUCAGUGAAGCCCUUUGGUUUUAUGUUUUUCUUCAAGGUAAGCACAAUGUGUUCCUAUGUAACGUUUCCCAUUCCUGUGUUAUCAACACAUUCAUGCGCUUAGCUGGUGCUAUAUCUACCGGCUAGAAUGUUGCACAGAUACAAUACUGAUGGGAACCGCCACUCUGGCUUGACAGUUCACCUCAGAUGUUCCCCUCCAACUCACUUUCCUUUUUUCAGAAGGAGGCUAUUUAUGCGCAGGUGCCUUUGCAAGCUCUGUGAAAGAUCUAUGAAAUUAGUCCCGAUGCUCUUUAGCUCUUCAAUUGUUUCCCCAUGUUUAUCCACUUCCCUUUUGAGUGUCCAUUUAAUCUACUUUGACCAUCCUUUUGGGCAGUACAUUGCAGUUGAUAACAAUUUGCGUUAGAAGAGAGAUUAGAAAUUUCACCUCUUGCCAAUUAGCUUGGGUCUCAGACCUUGGCUUACCAACGUUGUUUUAUGUAGGUAUCUAUUGUAUCGAAGUCUCUCGUGAUUGUAAUGCUUUGUUGAAACCUCCAUUGACUUUGUCUACUCUGCAAGCUGGUACUGUUUCCACACAAUGAGGUGUCUCAUCUCUGCUACCAUUCUCGUAAAGUGUUUCUGCGCCCUCUCCGAGGCGUUGACAUACUUCCUGAAGGGUUCUGCCCAGAUUUUUUGUUUUAUUCAUCAACUGUGUGUAUCACUGGCUAGGCCAGCAUUGGUAGCUCAGCCCUCAUUGCUCGCAAGAAGAUGGUGCUGAGCUGUCGUCUUAAACUGCUGCAGGCCUUGGGUUGUAGAGAAACCACAGUAGUUAGGAAGGAGUUUCAGGACUUUGAUCCAGUGACAGUGAAGGAAUGGCGAUAGAGUUCCCAAAUCGGGGUGCUGAGUGGCUUGGGAGAGCACUUGCUGGUGGUGGUGUUUCCAUAUAUCUGCUGCCCUUGCCCUUCAAGGCAAAAGCAAUUAUUGAUUUGGAAAGUGCUGUCUAAGGAGCCUCGGUGAGUUCUGCAAUGCAUCUUGUAGAGGGUACACACUCUGCAUCGGUGUGGGAGGGAGUGAAUGUUGAAAUUGAUGGAUAGGGUGCCAAAACAAGCAGGCUGCUCUGACAUGGAUGCUGUCAAGCUUCUAGAGUGUUGGUGGAAGUGCACUCAUCCAGGCAAUGGGGAAUAUACCACCAUAUUCCCAUUGUGGAUUGUGGACAGACUUUGGGGAGACAAUAGGUGAGUUUCUACUCAACCUCUGACCUGUGCUUAGAGCUGCAGUGGUAAUGUGGCUAGUCCAAUUCACUUUCUAGUCAAAGGUAAUCCCCAGCAUUUGGUAAGGACUGUUCUGGUGAUAGAAAUGCCACUGAAUGUGAAGGGGUGAUGAUUAGAUUCUCUCUUGUUGGACAUUGGUUAUUGCCUGGUACUUGUGUGAGAGGAAUGUUAGCUGCCAAAAAUCAGUUGUCCAGGUCCAGUUGUCCUGGAUGUUGUCCAGGUCUUAUCACAUGUGAACAUGGGCUGCUUCAUUUGGACACAGGCUUCUUCAGUCUCUCAGAAGUUAGGAAUAGUACUGAUUAUCUUUCACUGACGAUAACACAACCAUACUUCCUGCAGUUAUGGCUGGAAGAUCAUCAAAGCAGCUGAAAGCAGUUGGGCCUGUUUUGAGGAGCUCCUGCAGAGAUGUUGUGGAGCUCAGAGGAUUGAUUUCCAACAACCACAACCAUCUUCCUUUAUGCUCGGUAUGACUCCAACCAAAAGCGAGUCCCAUUGACUUCAGUUUCAUUUGGUCUCCUUGAUGCCACAAGUGCAUUGCAGUCAAUGGAAGUGGCACUCACUGCAUCUCAGGAUUUCCGCACUUUUCAUCUAUGUUUGGUGCGAGACUCUGUAAUGAGGUCAAGAGCUACUGGGGACAUGGUGAAACUCAAAUUGAGGGACAGCAGAUUAUUUCUUUCCACGUUGCAGUUGAUAGUGUUCCAUCGUUUUGCUGAUGAUUGAGCGUAGAGUUGUAGGAAGGCAAUUGACAGGAUUUAUCCCUGACUCUGGACACAGGACAUAUUCACAUGUUAUCCAAUGUUGUCAGGUUGAUGUCAGUGUUAUAACUGAACUGGAACAGCUUGUUUAGAGGAGCACAGGACUUCAGUUCUGUGAUUGGAAUAUUGUCAGGGCCCACAGUCCAUGGUAUCCAACGUCUUCAGCUGCUGUUUGAAGAUAUGAAGAUAUCACAUUGGACGCUGUGCUCCAAUUUGAAGCCUGAGGCAAAGCAACUUUUUGUAAAAGCUUUAUAGUACCUCCUUUUGCUUGAUUUGGAUAUCCUUUGUCCCCCUCCCCUUUCAUGAAUCUUCAACACUUCCAUUUGAGCUCCUGAUCAGAUUAAACUCUCCUUGGAGCUAAUGUCCACCCAAGACACGAACACUACCUUGAUGUGGAGAGACUCCCUCGCAUACUUGGGUGGGAGAGAUUAAUCUCUCUUUCCUCCUUGUCACAACUUGAUGCAUUUUCUUCUUCUGUCCUCCUUGCUGCGGCCUUCUCCUGUUCCAGUUCAAACUUUCUCAAUAUCAGAGCAGCAUACUGUUCUGUGUAAGAAAUCCUUUAGCUGUUCACUGUCUUCACCUACCUCUUCUCUUGCAGUCUUUUUGAAUUUCACUGCUUUCCUGCUCAUGGGGGCUUGGACCCUCCUUUCGUAUCUAAAUUGUCGAGGUACUGCAGUCAAAUUUGUGUUUCCUAGCACACAGGAGGGCCAUUAAAUCAAAAACCCCAAUUAAACCAUUUUGGUUUCAGGUAACAGGAGGAAUUGGGUAAAAUAUGCCUUGACGAUUCCUGAGAGGUUUAGAGGCUCCCCACUAAACAUGCAGAGCGAAAGGCUCCAACCGUCUGUACACAUUGCUCAUCGAUCGCCGGCUCACUGCUGUCGGAUCUUUCUAGUUUCCAACACCAGCAUUGGCCUUACCUGGAGCUCUGUUGUUUUAAAACCUGACUCUCUGAAAGUAUAACAGAAAAACCACACCAUGGAACCUGGCUGAGGAUCCUGCCUCAAAUCCAAGUAGUAACCCAUGAUUUGUUGAAAGGGAGGCCUGUUUGUAUUUGAAAUUUUAUUGAACCCAUGAGCAAUGUUCUAAUGUUGGAUUUGGUUUGGAGCUUGCUGAGCUGUUUUUGGGCCUCUCUCCCGUCCACCCAUAAUCCUUGGGCAAAAGAGAAUAAUGAGGUUAAUGGCUUCCUCGAUUUUUGUAUCGGUUUUAAUUUGAAGGUAUUUUAAAAGGGAGUUUUUAAACAUGCCCCCUACAUUCUUUGUAUGGACGUUUGAAUUUCUGGGGCUUGACAGUUAAUUGUCAAAAGAGAUUUUGAUUUAAUAGAUAGCUGAAUUACACUUGAAUGUAAAAGGCUUUACGUGGUGUAAAACCCAAGCUUUCCACCCUGAAAGACUACCCUAAAAGGAUGAAAACUCUUAAAAAUACUGAAGACAAGAGAUGUAUCUAAAGUGGCCCUAAUUUCAGGCUUACUUUCAUCUCCUGGACCCCUUAACUUGUCAUAAGUCCCUUGUUCAUUGUUUGAGCUAAAAGAUCAGAUGUGUGUGUCUGUGUGUGUAUGUAUGUGAGAGAGAGGGAGUCUGUGUCUGUGUGAGAGUGUCUGUGUGUGUGUGUUUGUGUAUAUAUAGAAUGAGGCUAGUUACUAGGCAGUAGAGGACAUUUUACUGAAAAUGAGGGGGUGAAAGUAUGAUUGUCACCACUGGAUAUCGGAGUUAAGGUCCCGCAGGGUAGGAGAUCCUUUGGCUUUCCACCCCUUUUCUCAAUAAACAAAGUUUCAGUUUUGCCUAGUGCCAACGUCACACAUUUUAAAUCUACUGCCUGACUGUUUGAGUCCUUGUAAAAGCUAGUGACUCCUCCCAUUUCUUUUAAGCUAAAGACAGUUGGAUUGUUUUAACAGUAACAAAAGAAUGCUGGGCAUGUGCAGCAGCUCGGGUAGCAUCUGUGGCGAGGGAAAGUCAGAGUUUGUGUUUCAGGACAGUGACUUUUCAUUACUUCUGGAAAAUAUUUUGGCCUAAAUUGUUAAUUCUGUUUCUCUGUCUACAGAUGCGACCAAACCUGCUGAGUAUUUUCCAGCGUCUUUGAUAUUUUCCUUUUGGAUUGUUUUAUCAUUUUGCUUUGUCUAGUUAGGGAUUUAUGGGUGGCGUUUUAUGAUAAGAAUGUAAGAUAACACUUUUUAUUUGGUUCUCAAGAAGAAAAAAAAUUAUUUUUGUACUUUUGUGAGGGGGACAUUUGAAAUCAACACAUGCCAGUUAUUGUAGAAUUUAUAAUAUGGUCUUUCGUAAAUUGAUAUUCAUCUCAAUAUAGCACUUUAGAGAAAUCAGAUGUUUAUAUUGUAUCAUAAGACAACAGAUGGUCAUUCCAUUGUAGACAGUAGCUUUGCAAAGGAAGAAUUUAUAUAUUAUUUUUCUUCUUGUAUUUUAAUAGUAUCUGAGUCAGUUGAGGAAAAUCAUUUUGAAAUACUACAACUUUAUUGUCACAUGUUUGCAUACAAUGUUUCCUCAGCUUAAGAAAUUGUAUUGUGCUUACCUCUUCCCCCCCCCCACCCCACCCUUUAUAAUUUUUGUUUUUAUGAGCUUUAUUUUAUUGGUUGAGCAAUGUACCAUGUUUGGCUGUUUUAUGCCAGGUGAUAAAUGCAUGUGUAUCCUUAUUAGUGCCCCUCCUUUGGCAGCUCUUCCUUGUACUGUUGUCGUGUUAACUGCAAUGCAUUUGGGAAUUGUACAGUGUCUUAAUAAAAAAAAUCCUGUUUUUUGAA